AUUUAUUAUUUUACUGGACACUGAAAAUGCUUCGUGUUUUGUUCUUUACUCUUGUCGCGCUUUUGUGUUUUGUGUCACCAAAUUGUCUUCCUGGAGAUACUCCAUUUGAGAUUUAUUGUUUUUCAUACAAUCGAGUACAUGGAACAUUCAAUGACUCCGAUGCUCAUUGCUUGAAAACCGUUGGUGGAAGUCUGGUAUCAAUUCACAGCAUGAUCGAAAACAACUGGAUUCAAAAACUAGCUGUUGAUAAUCUAGAUGCUGACUAUGACUUGUUCUGGAUUGGUGGAAGCGACGAAGGACAUACAAAUGACUGGAGAUGGACAGAUGGGAGCGUUUUGAACUUCACCAAUCCCGGACCUGGACAGCCUCUUGAAGAUCGUCAUUGUGGAGCAAUGCAACUGUCAACAGGAAGAUGGUUUUCCGAUUUGUGCACAGUUAAGCAUCAGUUCCUGUGCCAGUAUCCAAAUGGAGCAUAUCCAACUGGAGGAUCGUACACAUGCCCACCAUGUCCAUCUUGUUCUAAAUAACUUUUGAUUCGAAAGAAAAUAUUUAUAUAUUAUGAGCUAAAUUGGAUUUUACAAUAAACGGUUGCGAUUCAU